GCGCCUCGCCUUGCCGCCAUUCCUACGCCGCGAGUCGCCACGAACGCACGCGUCGCGUCUCUCACGACUCUAUAAACUAGUUUCGAAAGUAUCUUGUAUACAAGUGUGAAACAAUCAGUUUGUUUAGUGAUAACUAUUAAAACUCAGUUAUUCAUUGGAUGAUUAAAUAUUAUUUUCUUAAAGUUUUCUCCAACUGGACAAGUGCAUUGAGUAAGUGUGGAGAAGGCUACAUUCCAAACCGGUGUCGUUCUUUAAUGGACGAGGUGUGUACUACUCUGUGUGUGUUACAACUAGCCAGGGAAGUGACUGCAGUGUAGUGUUUCAAAACAGUUUCCGUGAACGUACGGCCUCCUUGGAACUGAUAGCGAAUAAAUUUACUAAGGAGCUCGCGAGCCAGAAUGUAAUAAGUCGACAAAAAGUAGAGUCUAUUCAGAGAAAAAUGGCUCGCGGAACACUGAGUGAAAACGAGCGCCAGUGCCUAGACACUAAUGCAAAAAGUCAAUCGGAGCGUCUGCAAGACGCGGAAAAAACAGGUGACUGCAAGACGAACGGACUGCGAGUUCGUUUCCUGGAUGAAGAAGGAAAAACUGAAAGAACCGUUAGUACGGACGAAGUCGACUUUUCUGUAUCACGAGUUAAGAAAAUACAUAUUCUAAAGAACAGGAGCUCGAGCGAGACGAGCAUACUGUUGAGGAACCCCUCGCUUAUGAAGCGUCAUUCCAGCUCUGAAAGACGUUUUAGCGACGGAAACACCGACAACCUGAAUAAUAAUUCUCUGAACGAGAAUCUUAAUGGCAGAUUGUCUGUCUUAAAGAAUUGUGACAAGACUGACGAGACAGAUCCAACCAAAGAUGGAAACCAUUUCAAGAAGCACAGCAAUGUUUACAGUGUGAACCAGGCCAAGACCCUGACGCCUGAACGAAAAAGAAAUCCCUUGGCAAUGCCGAGGUUAGUUGGCCAUAAAAUGUACGAGAAUGGUCAGGGCAGGUCUAUACUACCAGCUGAAGUUAGCCUUGCGGACGGAAUCAGCGGGAAAGACUUCACAGCCCGCGCGAUCGGGCGGCUGUCCAGAGGCAUCGGGAAGCUGCUGCGAAGGACCAACAGCGUCCGCAUUAGCGAUCCAGACCCGGUCUACAAGGUGGCUUACCUUGGCAACGUGCUCACCGGCUGGGCGAGAGGUGAGAGCUGCAUAGAGAAGCCGUUGGCGACCCUCUGGCGCAACUACCAGCAGUCCACCAAGCCCGACGUGGUGAUGAAGCUCUCCGUCACCAACUCCGGCCUCAAGGGCUUCACCAAAGAACACGGCCUCACCGAGUACUGGUCCCAUCGCAUCACGUACUGCGCCAGUCCCCCCCACUACCCCAAACUCUUCUGCUGGGUCUACCGCCACGAGGGCAAGAAACUCAAGCACGAACUCAGAUGCCAUGCCGUUCUCUGCACCAAAGAAAACAUAUCAAAGAAAAUAACAGAAGAACUACAGGUCAAACUGAAACAAGCGUUAGUCGAAUUCAAAAAGGACAGAAUAUCCAAACAGAAUGCCAGGCUAAGCCUCGCCAAUAGUAUUUAUGACAACCCGAGCAUGCCGAGGAGAAAAAUCCUUUUGAGCGUCGGCUCAACUAACUAUCGACCGCCUCUAGAACGGUCCAAAUCUGCACCUAAGCUCGGUGCUAUUGAAGAGCUCUGCUCUGAAGAGGACGAAGAAGAAGCAGAAAUGAACUCGAAACAAAAUGGCGAGUCUUGGACGAGGAAAACGAGCGAGGGCAGCAUGGGCGAUGUGUUUUACAACAAUCAUGCCCUCGACAGGCGAAGGCCAGAGAUAAAAUCCCCGCGCAAACUGUCUUGUCCAGAAGGUGUCAUGGGCAGGACACGAACAGUUUCCGAAGGCAGUUCAGAAACUGACACUGACAAGCUGAUCCAACUCCUCGUUCAAGAAAGCGAAAAGAACAAACACGAAAACGAAACUAGUCACGAGAAUCUGGAAUAUAGAUUGGAAGCCAUCGCGGAGACGAAUGAACUGACCGAAGCGGCAGAGAAGAAUUUGCAAUUGAUAUCUCAAAGUAACUUCCUCGUCACGGACAGCGACGAUGGAUCAGUUUCUUCGGGCUGCGAGACCGCCAGCACGGUCACCUCCGACACCGAGCCAUCUUCGCUUCCCUCUAACUUCCCGCAGGAAGAACAGAAGGAUCAGUCCGAGAGUGAAGACGACGCGCCCGUCUUCAGCAGGCUACAGAGUUUUGAGCGCACUCCCAUCAGAGGCAGCAGCAGGAGUUGCUUGAAUGGAAAUGAUGGUAGCAUUUCUACUGCUGAGGAAGUGAAUCAUGUGCCAAUCGGUGAGAAAAAUGGUUUCCGCCGAAGAUCCACGUAUCCGCCUCUGCGAGCGGAUCCCAGUAUUCUCAACUUCGAACCUAUCGACAAUUUGACUGAUGUCGACAGCUUAAACUCUAGCACGGAGACCGAGGUCUUCAAAGGGACCGGAGAUAAUGACAGCGCUUGCAGCGACGAAUCUGGCUACUCUGAGCUGAUCGACAGCGGGAAAGAGAGUAUUAUAGGCAACACUAUAAUGGUCUAGAUACUAUUUAACUAUUUCGCAGUCUCGAAAGCAAUUGCCGAAUUAUCUCCCAAUCUUGGAAACAAAGUUUGUAGCAAUCUUAAUACGUGUCUAUUGUAAAUGUAGAUAAUAUGGACUAAUAUAUAAAAGGCACAGUGUGUAGCUUAAAAUAUAAGUCCAUUACUAAAUUGUAAAUAACAGGGUACAUGUUGUACUUCAUCCAGUUAACGUAUUAUUAUCAUAGGUGUUUGUAUAUAAUGUAGUUUUAGCAACGUAAAGAAAUUUGAUAGAGAUUUUAUUGUACAUUACGGUUGCUGUAUUCGGUAUACCGUUAUAUUAGUUGGUUAACUAUUAAAUUUAUGUAAAAAAGGAGAUAUAAGAAUUAGUAAAUCAUACAUGUGUGUAUAAGGUGAAAAAGAUCAUGAUGAAAAUGGCAAAAUGUUUGUAAUUAAUGAUAAAUUUAGUCAUCAUUUAGGGACUCCGUCAGUUAAAUAUGAAAUUUGUCAAAUGUAAUGUUCUUUUCUUCAAAUAUUGAUGUAACUAGUUGAACCUGUAUCUGUGGCUUAGUAAUUAUGAUAAAUUUUUACGACAUCCAAAUGAUAAAUAAUUGAAGGUAACCUAUCCUAUAUUUUACAUUAGCCUAAAUUAUAGAUGUAUGUGUAAGUUUAAAAUCGGUUCAGUUGUUUCGGGGUUUAUCAGUGACAUACAUCGUGACACGAGGUUUUUAUAUGCUAUAGAUAUCAGUCAGUCAGAUUUUGUUGCGGUCACUAUUAUUAUUCUUCUCUCGGUAUUUAUUAGCUGUUCAGUCGGUACUUACAUUCCCUUGCUUCAUCAGCCUCACCAAUGUUGUAAAACAAUAUUUUUCAAUAAAAUAUAGAAUCAUA